AGUAAUCCAGUUGUUGAGAGGUGUGGCCAAUCAGAUUCCUAUAAAAUCACUGGUCCUGUGCUGCGGAGCUCAGAGAUCGGAGCCUUCUUCUGAGACUCAUCAACCAACAUCACAACCAGCCUGCUGACCGACCUGACAUCAAGCAGACUUUCUCUCGAGUCUCCAGCUCUCCAGAUUCAGUCAUGGCGUCUCCUGCUGGCCUCGCAUUCCUGCUGUUGGUGUCGUCUGCCCUCCUCAUCUCCACCACGAUCGGCCCUGCAUCUGCCUGACAGAACCAGCUGCAGAAAAGGUCUCCAGAGGACUCAAAGAAAAUCAAAGAAGGGUUUACUGCACUGGGCAAGUUUGCUCUUAGCAGAAUCGACACAAUUACUUCAGUAGUCUGCCCUUUUCUGUAUAUUAUUCCAGUUUAUGGGCCACUGAUAAGUGACCUUGUCAAACUUGCAGCAUCAGAAAUAGAAGGAUACACUGAUAUGGACCUUCUCAUGGGUGAAUUUGAACAUCUUAAUACUAAGCUUGACCAAUAUCACGCAGAGCAGAAGUGGGACAGCUGGGCAAGUAGUGCCUACCACAAGCCAGAGCUGGAUAUUGACGUAGCGUGGAAAACGUACACAACUCUGUUGAAGAGUCUUAGGGAGGCAAAAGAUGAUAAAAAAAGGGAGGACCAUAAGAAGGAAUUUGAGAAAGCCUAUGAAAAGUUUGAGCCUGCCACUAAGACAUUACACAGUUUGCUGAUUGAUAAAGGUGUGAGCUUCAAAUAUCCCCUGGGAGAUUUACUGGCUGAACAUGUUAACUGUCAUGAAAAGAAUAUCAGAGAAUACACUGUGUUCAUUUAUAAACUCAUCUACAAAGGCAAUACAAUGAAUGAAUUCUACUACAAACUCAAGCACACAGAGUCUGAUGCAAAGGCUAAUGAGAUGGCUAACAUUGCAUAUGACGCAGCAUCAGUGAUGUUCCAAGUCCACAUGCAGUGCAUUAAAAACAGCAUGGACUACGUUAAAAAGGAUGUUAAAAGUAUCAUUGACCAAAAAAAAGCUCGUUCAGAACUAGCAAAAGAAGUCUGGUCAUUCCUGGUGAAGGAGUACGACAGGUACGACUGGAUGGUUGUUGCCUUUAUAAGCAAGAAAUCUCAACAUGAAAAAAUGAAGACACUGAACAGUCACGUCUUGACAGGAUUUACUCCGGUGGAAGAAGGCAUCGUUACUGUGGCUGUAGCCAGACAGGUGAAAGGGACUCACGAUAAGGCAGCUUUAGUCAAACAAGCCAUUGGCAGAUGCAUUGACGAGAAAGUCCUGUGUUACAAGGUAGCAGAGAAACUUGCUAAAUGUAAUGAACUUGUGGAAGGUAAGCCAGUGUCUCAGAGGUACACAGCAGUGCACGCCUAUUUAAGAGAUGCUCACGACAGCCAGGAUGCACAGAAAGAACAAGAGGAAGACUAUGACGUUAAUACUGCUCCCGAAGACAGUCCAGAUCUGUACAUUUAUAAUGGGAAGUGUACGAAAUCUCCAGGUGUGAAGGGUGGCAAGUUUGUAGUUUUGAUUAAAAGUGAUGAAGAAAUGAUGACAGAAGAUCCCUGCUCCAAGCUGGACUGUGGUGAGAAAGAAAAGAGAGGCAGCUGUGUUAGUAUGAAAGACGUGUUCCUGGCAGCGUGCGAGUGUAAUAACCCAUACUACGGCCAGAAUUGUGAGGAGAGCUUAGAUGACUACAAGAAGGACUUAAAGGCAACGAUAGCAGUGGUGGACAACAGGCGUCGUUUGGUUGGUUCUGGCUAAUGACACAUUCUGGUGUCAGCGAAUUUCAGGAAAUGGCAUGAUUUUGGAAAAUUGGUAAAGUUCACAUUUAACUAAAUAUUCUCACUGAGGGUCAGAGUUCAGGUCCAUUUCAUGAGAAUUUUUUUUGGGUAAAUGGCCAAUUCCUUAACAUAAUGGGCAGAAAUCUAUGGUUAAAUUGUUUGAAAAAGUAAAAGUACAGUGAUAUUUUAUUUGAAAUUAUUUAAUAUUCAUGUAUGAACUGUGUUGAUGUAUCUAUAGUAAAUUUUCAUUUUCCCACCUUUUUCAUUAGACCCCACAUGGGGAAAAACAGAAAAUGCAUUUAUACCAUAUAUACACCAAUAUAUGUAUUUCAGACACAUUUGAUUAUUGAUUUUAUUACUAUGUUUGAUUUGACAAA